AUGAAGUACGGCCCGACAUCUCACAUAUACGUUGAGUAUUUUGUCACAAAUCCUACAAAACGUGUCAAUGGUUUGCCUCUUGUAUACCAACUCUAUAUUCGCGUAAUUCUUCAUACAAUGCAUACAAUGUCUCUCUCCGUACGUAAGUAUCAAUCGCUGCAAACAGUUGUGACAAAUGGCACCAACGGUUCCGCGACAAUCGCACACCACAUCCCUUUUAUGGGAAAAUGUAGGAGUAGUUCCCUAAUCAUAUUAGUUGUGAACCUCUUUAGAGUGAACUCGUUUUUAGUGAACGCAUUUAAAGACUCUUUCGAUAGAUUUGGCGACGAUUUGUGCGAAGAGUUGUUGUCUUAUCUGUCAUUUGAAGACCGGUUUCGUUGGGAAUGUGUCUCAAAACAGUGGCAAAGAGUGUUACGAUUUGACGAUUCGUGGAAAAUAGCGCUCGCAUUGAGUGCCGCAACUGAUUUGCAUUACAAACGGCUCAAUAGUGUUGACAUACUAUCGGAUAGUUUAGCGCAACUGAAACCAUUGAUUGCAAUCAAGUUUUAUAUGGAUAUCAAUUACAAAGAAGAUUAUAAGCAAUUAUUGGCACAAAUUGGGCCUAAAUGUCCGCAACUGAAGAACAAUGUGUUGAAUGCAUUGUCAAAACUGACACAAAUUCGUUGCAUUGAUAUCAGCGGUCGUUUCGAUAAAGAGAUUAACUCGAAGACAGUUGAAGAUUAUCUCAACACUAAUUGCUCUCGUAUUACAAUUUUGGUAAUCAUUUUAACGAACUAUUAUUUGCCUGAAGUGAACGGCGAUAAAGGGUUAGGCGUUAGGAGUAAUGAAUUCCGGAUCCAAUUCUUAACCCCUCGUCCUAUUGUCCGACAGUCGACAACACAAUCACCAGAAAUGGCAUUUGGUUUUCAUUAUAUACUUAUCGACAGUCGCGACAAGUAA